GCCCAUUGUUUGACCAAGGCAACUAUAUAUUAGGUGGUAUCGCUUGGAAGUUCCUCUACUUUCUUACUUUUACCCCUGGAAGUCUAAGUCUCUCUUCAGUUGACCAAAUCACCUUUUCGUUGCUCAUCAACUUCCCCCCACCAUCCCCGCAUUCAACCAGCUACUAUACACAUCAACCUUCAAGAUGGCCGCCCCUGCCGAUGUUACUAUCCAGAACCUGAGUGGAAAAUGGGAGAUGGACUCAACCAAGUCUAACCCAACAGACCCUCUUCUAUCUCUGCAAGGAGUUGGCUGGCUCGUACGCAAGACCCUCUCAUACGCAACAGUGACAAUCUACGUCAACCAGUACGCAGACAGCGAGAACGCGGCGCUCAUCCACCUCGACGCGCAGCAAGUAAUCACAGGCGGUAUCCAAGGCACCAAGGAAGAGCGCAAGCUUGACUGGGAAGAGCGCGAGCACGUCGACCACAUCUUCGGCUCGUUGAAGGGCCGCUCGCGCUUCAUCGCCGCUAAGAGUGAGGACGGCGCUGUGCGUCCUGUUGUCGAGAUUCAGACUAAGGUCGGCUCGCCUGAGGAUGAUGCUAAGGUGCAGAAGUUCCUGACUGGUGAAACUCUUAUUGAUGGAUCGAAGAGUGAGGGAUUCCUUGCUGAAGAGGGCGAGGGCGCGUUUUUGCAGAGCUUUGUGACGAAUGAAGGUUCUGGAUGGACUGCUGAGCAGAUUUGGGGAUUUGAGACUGUUGAUGGUGAAAGACGUCAUACUCGUCGUGUUGUUGUUGUUAAGGAUGGGAAGGUUGCGUUUGCUAGACUUGUUUACGCUUUCAAGGAGCGCAAGGUUGCGGAGUAAGAUGCUCUUGCUCGUGUGUUGAGUAUGGACUUUGUAUUUUUUUCUCGGGUUUUUCGGUUUAUUGAUUUGCUAUAAAACAUAAGUCAAUAUAGCGUUCAGCCUGUCCAAUUGUUUACUUUGAUUAA